GGCAGCACCAGCCGGGGGAGCGGUGGGGGCUGGUGUCCGGGUGUCCGGGCUGGGGGCUGCCGCGUGUUCCGCGCACGGGAGCUCGGGUCGGGCGCUGAGCGGAGCCUGCGGGGCUUUUCCUUUGCCCGGAGCGCGGGGACGCGGUCUGCUCUGGUUGGAGGUAAAAGAACUGGGGAAGCAUGUCGCUGGCUUCCUGGUUCAGAUGGAAUGAGCCACCGAGCCGGAUUUCCCGAAGGAACCCCACAGAGAUGGUGGUGGAAACACUAAUGAUGGAACUAGGCUGGCAGAUCAAGCAGGCAGAGAAACAGCAACUAGAGAGAGAGAAUGAGUAUCGCAAGAUAAAGACGGGCGUAGACUACGGCUGGCUGGUUAGCUACCCAAAGCCUAAGCACAGCUAUGACAUCAGCCCAGGGGAGCGGCUGCAGCUGGAGGACAUGUGCACCAAAAUACAUCCCUCCUACUGUGGGCCAGUCCUAAUCAGAUUCCGGCAACUUAUUGCUGAAUACGAGCCAGAGGUACAGGAAGUAGCCCGGCUCUUCCGCUCUGUUCUGCAGGAAGCCACUGAGAAAAUCAAAGAGGAAGAAGAGGCCAAGAAGCUUGCGAGGCAGUGGAACACAAAGCACAAAACUAGCCUGUCCCUAAUGACAUUUAAAUCCCGGGCCAGUAUUUCCCCAUUCAGCAGCAACAUCAAGACCAUUUCAGAAGACGUGGAGCGAGGCACUGAACCAACCAGGAGAGUAUGGAGUAUGCCGGAGUUUAGGAGUGCCAAGGAUUACUGACUUUAUUAAUAACCAGAAUGAGAUUUGAGAGAGAGCUGGUUUCGUUUUUAAAGAAUGGGUUAACCAUUAUCUAGCCAUCUGUUAUUUCACCUUCAUCCCAGUUCUCUCUCUUUCUGUCUGCCUCUGACUGUCUCUCUCUUGGGAGCUGUGGCUAUAGUGACAGAUGGUGAUGCACAUAGUCUCUGUCAUCUAUCAUGCUAGCUUUAGCUAUAAUUUAGUGGUUUACAUUAACUUGAUGGUCAAUGGUCAUUUCUUAUUUCAGUUUGAGUGUUUCUGCUCAUUGGAGAACAGUUUGGUGCAUGGUGCAUUACCACCAUCCUCCCAGCCUUCUACACGGCUGUCUGCAAAUGCAAUGCACCCGACCACGUGAGACUUGUAGCCCCAUUGAGUUAAAUGGGAUUACUCAUGUGAGCAUGCAUCAGUAAGGCUUGCAGGAUUUGACCCACCAAGUCAGGGUCCCUGAUUUAGCUGUUUGAGAUAGAUAUUAAAUUCUAUUCAUCUCAGCGCUAUAGAGAAGCCUCCUACAUCAACACUGAUUCCAGCAUAUUUUCACUCAGUUUGAUUGUAAAACAAUCUGUCGCCUCAUGCAAAAUAGAUGACAAACUUCCUAGAUAUAGAGGGUUACAUUUUCCAGGGCAGCCGAUUUUUGCAUAGAAUUGUGAAUGCUCAGUUUUUUGCAUGUGCAGGUCAGUCAGAUGUCUACCUACCAGCUUUGCAGACACAUGCUGUCUGCAUGCACUAACAUGGACUCUGGCAUGUGUAGAUACUGCACACACACAAGGCUGUGCAUGCACAUUUGAGGAUCCAUUAAAAGCCUCUGAGUCCCCCUUAAUUUUCAUUUUUGUUGCAAGGAGAGAUUAGGUUAUAAACCUAAGUAUUAAAACCCAACUGGAUUAAAACUGUCUCAUAUUGAGACUCCCAGGCAAUUCCAGUAAGUGCUAUAGCUCAUAUUCCAUUUAAUAAGUAGAUGCAUUGAAAUGAUUGGCAAAGCUGAUUCUGAAAGCAGAUUACUGGAGUAUAUGACCAGGAGAAAAAAAUCAGUAUUCACAUAUAGGGAUCUUUCUAUGUCCCAGAGUGUUAGAGGUCAUUCCAACAAAUUGCUGAUGUAAUUUAUUUCCACUGUAGGGAAAGAAUGUAGGUUCAUUUCAUAAUCUUUUUGUCCUGGAUAUUAAGAGGAGAGCUUGUCUGUAUAUAACCGGUUGAUGGCUAGUGAGGCAAUCAAUCUUUUCAAGGGAGAAAAAAAUCUCACAGACUAUAGCAAAACAGAGGUUCUGAAAUUGGCCAUUUGAAGAUGCAGGAAAAUGCCAUUGUAGAUUUCUGAGUGGGGCCCAACCUGCCAUCCUUAGGGAGAACUCCAAGUAGGAGGACUGGCUCUGCUGUCUGAAAAGACUCUGAUUCUGCAUCAGUGCUAAAUCUUAACACCUAGGGGACUCUUCAGCCAGUGGGAAAACUCAUAGGGAAGGACAUAAAGGAAAGAGUCUCCCUGCAAGCUUUGCUUAGGGCAGUUUGACCCCAGAUCAGCAUGCUGGAAGGAGGGUUUACCCCACUCCCAGAACCUGCUCAUCACCAGAUAUUGGCUGGAGGUGAAGCUUAUUCACACAAGGGCCCUGAGUCACUGGACUCUCCAUUUGCCCGCCAGCCCACUUCCUGGCAGUGGGGUUUCCUACACUGGCACAUGGCCCCAGAACUCUUUCUCUGGGGUUGGCAGCACCGUAUGGGUGCCACGGAGAAGGUAAUGCAGUCUCAGGCUAUGUUAACUCAGGUAGCUUUACCAUGACAACGCUUAUGCCCCUUGCUCAACCUCUCCCUGUACAAAUACACACAGAACCUUGGACUGCCUCCUUAGGACUCCACUGGAGCACAGGGCAGGGGGGAUGGUGAGUGGAGUGGCCCUGCGUGUAGUGGCCCUUCCAUGGAUGAGUCCUGGGGAAACAAUCCGCCCAUUAGCCUAUUAGGGCUACACGGAGUUAUUGAGCAAUUUAGGGUUACAUUUACUAUUGGCACAAACAGGCACAGCUUCAGCCAGGUCCAUAGGGUCAUGCCUGCCUACAGCAAGGGCACAUUCGGCCCUUUAGCUGGCUUUAGUCAAUCUUUGAAAGGAACAAUUGAAACAGAAACCUGAAUUUUUCCCAGGGAAUAAUUUGUACUAUGAUAAUGUUAGUACCAGAAUAGCUUGUUUUGUUCAUGGGGGGGGGGUAAUGCUUGUUUUGUUCAUGGGGGGGGAGCUUGUUUUGUUUACGGGGGGGAAGGUAGCUUGUUUCAUUCAUGGGAGGAGGUUACUAUAUUGGUACAAAGUGCAGCUUUGCUGGUAAAGCUGCACCCCACGCUAGGAGAGCUUUGCUGACAUAGCAGACUGGUAUUCCUAUACCGGUAAAGUGCUCCUAGUGUGGAUGUAGCCUCAGGAGGGAGGUGGGGGGGGUGAGCAUGUGUGGAUAUUAUAAAAAAGCAGCUUUUUCUAGCUGUAGCUUGAGUUUCAUGGGCUGUUUUCGGGCCACUUGUUCAAGGGGCUGGGAUGGCCCAGGGGGAAGGACCGUGCGGUGCUAGGUCUGACUUCUGCAGCAUAGAAUUAGAAUAUUAAUGGUGUGGCUGACUAGAGAUGUUUUUGUGACCUCAAACCAUCUUCUAUCACUUCAGGAAACACUUGUGCUCUCCCAUCGUUCUGGCUAUAACUUUGCCAUGCUGUCUGUUGAGAGAGGGGGUAGCUAAUCUGAAACGCGCCGCACUGGGUGCAGGAAGAGAGCAGUUUGGAGUGCAUGGGUCACAGACCUUCUUCUCUCGCGGGCACAGGGCCAGCAUCAGAUAUGGCUGCGGUGUUCACUUGAGCACUAGGCAGAGGAAGUAAGGGUCGGGGGGAACACCUCAGCCAACCAGCAGCACUCCAAGGUGGAACAGGCAGCCCUCUUGGGACGAUGGCCACCUUCCUGACUGCUCUGCACAAACAGGGCCUGGCCUGCCAAACCCUUACUCACAUGCUCAAAGCCACUGAAGUUGGUCCUGCAGUGCUGUGGGCAGUCGGCAAAGAAGGGAAAGCACAUGGUGCAAGCUGCCUGGUGCAUGCAGGGUUUCUCCAGGUCCCUCCACUCAGCUACUCCUCCUCCAUCAGCAUGCUGUUUGCCCAAAUCACAGACUAAAAGCAGAGCUGGAGGAUGGCAACAGAAACUAAGGCCAGGACCAAAUCUUCAGCAGCUGUCCAAGUAUGUGCUGGAAUAGCUCCUACAUCCACUCUACGUGAACCACUCUGGGCUGAGUAUUCUGACUAGACGCCCACUUUUGCACAGUGCUGGAAAUUCUGGUCUCUUAUUAGACAUAUGGGCUCUUCUAGAGCGAGUGAGCACAGAGGCUCUGGCUGCAUUAAUGAAACUCAGGGCUUCCAAAAAUGAGAUCCAGUUUGAGCUGGGCUACUUCCAGUUGGGGUCAGAGAGAGCUGAAAAUCUGACAAUCAGAUCAUUGGUUUGCAACAUGGUGUUCUGUGUGUAGUUACAUGUGAUAGAGCGUGUUUGUUUGGUUUAAGAUAUACAUUUUUGAGGACAGAAUUAGUUGGUCUUAGCUCUCUGGUAUGUGUGCACUCACUGGAGAUGGAACAAGAAAACCUAACAGAAAAGCACUAAUCCAAACACUUAAAAAAACCUAUGAUCAACUUUUGUAUGUAUUAGUAAAACCACCUAUUGUAUUAAAUGCUCUUGGAUUGCAUCUUGUGGCACUGCAGUCAUUUGUAGGCACUUGCAUGUUCUGUACUGGCACCUUUAGUACUGGGUGUAUCAAUGCAAUAGGUGAUGGAUUUCUGAGCAAAGAGGGGCGUUCUGAUAAAAUGCAGCUGUUAUUACAACAAGGAAUGUAUCUGCCAUGUGCUCACUCUCAUAGUAGGAAACUCUAUUAGUAUCGACACCAUUGGAGUACACUACAGACUUAUAUUAGCAGUAGCUCUCCCUUGAGAGACAAGACAGAAAGUUUCAGGGGCUUGCUCAAACCCACAGCUGGAGUCCAUGUCAGACCUGCGGUUACAGCACCUGGCUG